GGAGGAAGCGUUCCGGGGACGCGGCUUACGCGGCGGGCCCACGCCGCAACCCCUUCCCGGAAACGCGUCCUUGCCGGCGGGGACAAAAGGCUUCUCCCCCGUCGCCUCCCCUCCCUGUCCCGUUUCACACGCCCCCGACGCAACGAGACGCAACCGCAUCGCCGCAGGCUAUAGCCUAUAUCCCGCCUCCACCCCCGGGUCUCCCCACCUCCGCAGCCAGCCUGAUCCAGCGCCGCCGCCAACCCACAGCAGCCCAAAUGUUCCUGACCGAGAAGUGCAGCUCGCUCCUCCCGCCCCACCACCACCACUCGGACGCAGCACCGCCCAAGGCCAGCCGCCGCAGCCGCCAGCGCCAGCAGCUGCUGACGGCCUGCUUCGACGCGGCGCUGGCCGCGCGCCUCCGGGGCCUGCUGUCCGGUCCCGCGCCCUCCUCCUCCCCGCUCGCGGCGCUCGCGCGGCUCGCCGACCUCCUCGCGCUCACGCUCGCGGAGGCGGCGCCCGCGCUCGCCGGCGAGGGGGACGCGGCAGCCGUCGCCGCGCACCUCGACGCCGGCGUCGCGCUCCUCGACGCCUGCAACGCCAUCACCGCGCGCCUCGAGCGCCUCCGCCGCCGCCGCCUCCUCGCCCGCUUCGCGCUCCACCUGCUCUCGUCGUCGCCGGCAGGGCGAGGGCGCGCGCGCGCCGCGCUCGCGGACCGCGACGACCGCAGCUCCUCGUCCCCGCCGCCGCCGCUCCCUUCCCUCCCGUUCGACCAGCCCCGCGGCCGCCUCUCCGCCGCCGCGCGCGUCCUUGUCGCCGUCAGCGCCGUCUCCUCCCUGGCCGCCGCGGCCGCGGCCGCCGUCCUCGGAGGAGCCUUCCUCGACGCGGCCGCCUUCCCCCGCGUCUCCGGCGGGGACUUCUCCUGGGCGGAACCCUUCAACGCCGUGUCCGGCCAGCUCUCCGCGCUCGCCGCCUCCAGCGCCAGCGAAGUGGACGCCAUCGACGAGGCCGUCCAGAGGCUCGCGUCGGUGCUCGACGCCAAGGACGGAGCCGACGAGGCGGCGGUGCGCGCCGCGGCGCAGGAGGUGGAGAGGCGCACGGUGGAGCUGACGGCGCGGCUGGACCGCCUGUCGGACGCCGUCAACGGCGUGUUCCGCGCGGCGCUGGGCCUCCGCAACGCCGAGCUCGGCAGCUUCAUGGUCGGACCCGCACCGGCCGGGAAGACGUGUGCGUAGCCUUUGGUUUUUUUUUUUCCCACUCGACCUCUGACUGUAGGAUGUUGCUACAGCUCAGUUCUACCGUGCAAGUACGUAGUGUUGUGCUGCAGGGUAUGCAGUCUGGGUUGGUUGGGCGAACCUGCUGGUAAAAUACAGUUAAAAGAGGAGGCCACAUACGAGGAUACUUGUUGCAUUUUGCGCCCUUUUGUACAUGUGGAAUCCAAUGCUGUGUGGGAAUGGAACAUGCAUGCAUGUAUGUGUUGGAAAUGUUCAA